AUGGCAACAAGAACCCAAGUGUCAGCAACCUGCAUUAAAGGCCAAGAAGCAGUGGAAACCCCCGUGCCAGGGCAGAAACAUGCAGGAAUGUCUACAUCAGAGUCUAAGGGUCUUUACAAGGCCAACAGAGGCCGAGAGCGCGACCCAGCCCCACCCAGGCGGCACAGGCACCCAGAAAAGGAGCCCAAAGCACCGCACGAGCCGAGGGACAGUGAAACCAACCCAAGAACCCAGGAGGCACAGCAGCCAGGACAAUCCGGACGCCCAGACUCAGCCCCAGCAGCACAGGACAAUCCGGCCCACAGGACGUCUCCCAAGCCCCCCACACCCACCGCCCCCCGGCAGAGCAAAGGGCACCCACUCCGCCCCAGAGAGCCAGGCACAGGGGCAGGGCAUCAGGCCCGCAGGGCAGACGACAAGCCUGCAUCACACGGGCACACGCGGCAGGGGGGGAGGGGAGCAGAUAAACGGAGAGAUUGUGGAGCAGGGGAGGGAAAGAGGAGGAGCCACAUAGCCCAGCCAGCAAGACCUAUAUACCCCAACCCAUCUCCCAGCCGCAACGCCCGCAUCUCCCCCACCCCGCCCACAGACCCAAAAACGGAGCCCCCACGCUGCCACCCUGACACCCCCACCGCGACCAGCCACCCCUCCAGAGAGACACGGACAGGUCCACCAGGUCAACAUCCACUCCGGGGGAACCCCAGAGGACCGAACCCCACCAGCACCGGGGAGGAGAGAGACAGCAGGGGAAAGGAAGAAGAGAUGCAGGGGGCCGUAAGCACUGCUCCAAACCCCCCAAGACUCCCCCAGGAUACUACUCAGCCCACCUGCCACUCAACCCCUACCAUAGUUCCUGGCACCAGGGGAAGGCCCGGCCCCCGCAGGUCAACGCCGGCGGGGCAGGCCCAGAGGAACCGCCCAAGGAUCCCCAGAGAGGCAGAAAUCACAGUGAGGAGACAGGGUCGAGAGCGUGAAAGGGCUCCAAGGACUGAUCAAGGGCGAGAAGGAAGCCAGAGACCACCGGGAGGCGGAGCAACCAAGAAGAAGGACACGGGGCCAUGGGAAGGAGUCGCACCUUCAAUUGUACGUGGCCAGGCUUCACGCAAAGACACCACGGACAACCCCCUCAACCCUCUCCCAAUCCCAGAAAGGGGUCUCCCCCCCUCCAUCGCCACCCCACCCCACCACACCCCCGAAGCCUGGGCAGCACAGCCCCGAGUCCACCCAACAGGCCCAACUGCCCCACCCCCGACCGGCCCCCAGGCCAGAGAGAGCACCCCCGCCCCCCAAGGGGAGCCAGGGGCGAGGAAGGAGGGGCGCCCGGACGGCACUAAGAGAGCCGACCGCCCCGACCCCAGGGCCAACCAGGGCGCCCCAACAGGCCCGGCCCGUACCCCCCAGAGAUCCAGGCCCGUACAGGGCCCCACGACCCCCACAGUGCCCAGAAUCCCAUCAUCCAGGUGCCCAAACCCCCCAUGCAGAACAGGUCGACCAUACAGCCCCCAUCAGAACAUAAGGGUGCCCUAUGAAUCCUAA